CUCCCUCCCUCUCUCCCUCCCUCCCUCCCUCCCUCUCUCCCUCCCUUCCUCCCCUCCCUGCCUGGCGACAGCGGCCGUGGGGAAACCCUUCGCGGCGCCGCUCGCCGCGGCCCGGGCGUCGCGGCCAUGGCCGAGAUCUUCUUCGCCAGGCUGCCGCCCUCGCGGCUGACGGCGUCCGAGACCGAGCUGCGAGACUGCCUGCUGCGGGCCGCUGCGGUGGCCGACCGGCUGCUGCCCAGGACGGGCGCCGUGUCGCUGUCGGCGUGGGUGAACAGGCGGAUACCCGGGCAGGUGACCCUUUCCGCGACCCGGGACGGCCACGUCACGCUGGCCGCCGGCGAGGCCACCGCCGCUGCCGCGGAGGCCGCGAGGCCCCCGCGCGCCGGCGCGCCGGCCGCGCCCGUGCCGAAGGCCCCGCCGGGCGGCGCACCCGGCGGCCUGCCAGCCGGCGGCAGCAGCGCCGCGGCGGAGGCGUUCUUCGGCCGGCUGCCGGCGGACGCCUUCACGCCGUCGGAGGAGGCCCUGCGCGCCGCGCUGAAGGCCCUGCUGGCGGAGCGGGGGCCCCUGACGGUGUCGCAGGCGGCGGCCCACCCCGAGGUGGCCAGCGCUGCGAAGGCCACGCUGAUACGGGCCGUCACCCUGGCGGACUGGGCGGAGCGGCGCAUCGGCAGCGAGGUGCAGGCCGUCACGGACGAGAGGGGCGCCCGCGUGCUGCAGCUGGCGCGGCAGAACGACAGCAGGGAGGAGCGCCGCGAGGCGUUCUUCAGCCAGCUGCCGGACGGCAGGUUCACCGCCGAGGAGGAGGCCCUGAGGUCGGCCCUCAUCGACUUCCUGGCCACCUGGAAGUCGGCGGAGCUUGCCACCUUGUCAAACGCUGGGACCGACAAGGGGGUGCAGUGGGCCAAGGGGAACCUCUUCCGCGGUUUCGAUAAAGCCGUCACCAUGCGUGAGUGGAUCGAGAGGCGCAUCGGUGGCGAGCUGGAACUCCAGAUGGACGCGAAGGGGCAGCAGGUGAUCCACGUCACGGCCGCAGCCAGGAACCAGGUCGCCGCCCGCUUCCGCGAGCUCGAGCGGCAGGGGGCGGCGCCGCCCAAGGGCAAGGGCAAAGGUCCUGACGACCGCGUCGGCCAGAAGGGCGCCGUCAUCCCAGCCGCGGGCUCCGCCCAGGUCGGCGGCAAGGGGAAGGGCGCGGCCAAGGGCGCGAUCACGAACGGGCCCCCCGCGGCACUGCCGAAGGCCGACCGCGACGCCAUCCGCAAGAGGCUCUUCGGCAACCUGCCUCGACAGGCUGGAGCCCCCCGAGCUGGAGCUGCGGCAGGCGUUGCUGGACUUCCUGGGCGGCUGGUCGGGCCCAGCGGGACAGGCACAUCCUUUCCUCACAGAUUUGGACAAGAGCAAGGCCGUCCAGAGCAAGAAGAGCGCGCUGCUGCCCCCCGAGGUGUCGCUGCUGUCCUGGAUCACCACGCGGAUAGGUGGUGAGCUUGCCACAAAGCGGGAAAAGAGCGGACAGGUGGCGCUGCUGCUCCGAGACGAGCUGGACGCCGACAUCGGCGAAGAGGC